AUGGCGGCCCUCCAGGAACCUCGCCCGGGGCAAGGAUGGUCGGAGACCCGGCCUACCCGAGCUCCGCGGCGGGCCCUGGAGCGGACUCGAGGCGAGGACUCCGCACCGGAACCCACGGUGAGCGACGACAGCGACGUGGAGGUGAUCGGCGAUCCCGCCGUCGAGGAGAGAGAGUGGCGACUCCGGAAGGCGGCGGCGGGCGGUCGCAUACCGCGCGGGACGACGGACGUCGGAGGAGAGGAACUCCCGAGGAGCCACUCGGAGGCGGUCUGUCGGGCCACCGAGGAGUCUCGGAAGCGGUUCCGAGACCGGGAGCCGUCGGACGAGGAGCAGCAACGGUCGACGGAGGAGGAGGCGAGAAGACAGGCGCGGCUGCGGCAGGACCACGAGGCGGCGGCGGCGCGGUGGCAUGCCCGCUUGCGAGAGGCGGAAGAAGAAGAGCGGCGGCUGUGGGAGGCACAGGUGGAGGACGCGUGGGAGGUGCCACUCACCCCCAGAUACGCGGCCGAGGAACGCAGCCCGAGGGACGAGGACGAGGACGAACCACGCGCGCCAUCCCCUCCGCGGUGGUUACCCGAGGUGCCACCCACUCCCCGCUACGAGGGGGAGUGGCUCACGGACGGCGACGAUGGAGCACCGUUGGCCACGCCGCCGUGGAGGCCGGCCCGGCCACCCACGCCGCGAUACGCGGAGCCACGACGACCUGAGGAGCAGACGCCGAGCGAGGAGUCGACCGCGCAGCCGAUGCCGCAACCGGAGGAGGAGGACGUCCACCAGGCAAGGGCGGACGAGCCGUCGGUGGUGCGGACGGAGGUGCCGGCCGCGCACGUGAGCCACAGCACACGGGCGUUCGAGGCCGAGGGUAUGCGGUGGCGGCAGCAGACGGUGACGUGGACGUGGCCCGAGGGGCCCGCGACAGGACCGACGACGGAGGUGCCCAGGAUAUGGGAGGAAGGGGCACCGAAGGUGAACCCUCGAGACCCCCGGACGAGGAGCCGACAGGAUGCAUGGGUCCCGCCGACACCAAGCACGGGCCCGCCAACACCGGCGACGACGGCAACGACGGGGGAGGCGGAGUCACCGGAGAAAGGACCAUGGGUGUGGCCCGAGCCACCGGCCACCCAAAGGCCUCCACUACAACGACAAAGUUCGACGCCCGGAUCAACGCGCCCGCGGCCGCAGUUCAUGCGGCAGGUAUCGGCGCCGGAGGAAGGCGGUUGGCGCGAGGUCGCCAGGAGCGAGUGGCCGGCGGGCAUUGAGGAAGCACCCGCGGUCGCGACGGCACGGCGGAAGGGCGGCAGGCGGUGCGUCCUGGUCUGCGAUGGCGGGAGGAGAUACCGGACCAAGUUUGUAAGUAAUUUCGAAAACAUUAGUGAAACUAAUUGUAGCAGUGGAGAACAAUCAAAAGGAAAAUACUUGAAACAAAACUUACAACGAACACCCAGCGCGCCGCUUAAAAGUACCACCUACGCGGACAUAUUUCGAGGCUCCCAUGCCCGAUGUGAUCCUUUGUAUUCAACGCAUGGUGUGGAGUUGCUGGGGUAUUCUCGGAUUGGAACCAUACAUUUGCCACGAAACCGAUAGUCAGAUCCAUUUUGCUCAGUUGGGCAAGCACGUAAAAUGUUAUUGCGGGAUUCGCGGAGUGAAAAUAAAACAUUAUGUCGUCAAGAACUACUAAACUCAGAACAGCAGUCUGUACGACUUUCUCCCAUGCCUUAUGAUGGCCUCAGUUUUGAAAGCAUUUCUCGAGAUACCUCUGGUCUUGAUUGCGGUGAAACUCUAGAUGAUCAUAAUACUUCUUUAAAACUAUUCACAGAGAUAUUUUUAUUAAGCCAAAUUGACCUUAAACGCUUACAGGCAGUACUUUGGUUAGAAUUGGCCACAAUAUUUGAUCGUUAUGAAGUGAGUUUGGAUAAAAGGAAGCCGUUUAAGCGUCGCCGCAAAGAGGAGGGUAAUCUCUUUGGUGUAUCUUUAAAUGCACUUAUACGUCGGGACCAACAAGUUACUGGCACUGACUCUACGUUAGUCACAUUUUUGGAAAAACUGCUAACCGAACUUUUGCACCGCGGCUCUAGAGAAGAAGGAAUACUACGUAUAGGUGGACACAAGCAAAAGACUGAAGUACUUUAUAAAGAAUUAGACUCAACCUUUUAUCAAAAACCCGAAAAGUCAGCUCAUCUGCUUGGAACAGCUACGGUUCACGAACUAGGCGGUCUGCUAAAGCGCUGGUUGCGUGAACUUCCCCAACCUUUACUUUCUACCGAACUUAUACAAUUAUUUUAUCAAUGUCACAGACUUCCAUCCAUGGAUCAAAGAAAUGCAUUAACGAUUGUAUGUCAACUACUGCCACCUGAAAAUAGGAACACAUUGCGUUCUCUGUUAAGAUUUUUAAACAAUAUUAUUGACUUGAAAGAUAUAAACAAAAUGGACCUGCAUAACGUAUCUACAAUAAUUGCUCCAUCAUUUUUUCCACCACGAUUUAUUCACCCGAGUGACAGAACCAGCAUUGCUGAGCAAGUAAAAGUGGCUGCACAUUGUUGCCGUUUGACGAAAGUUUUAAUCUUGCAUGGUGAUAAACUUUUUCGAGUACCAAAUAAUCUAAUUAUAGAAUCCAAGACUAAGAAAACGAGAAUGGCUAAAAAAGAAUGGCUUCGGCGAGAUAGUCUCAAUAAAUGAAAGAACACCUAAUACAAUUCGAAUCAAUACCUGUAAUGCAGCGGUCGGCAGCUCAGCCUCAGCGGGACACGUACAUCGUAGAACAGCAGCCGCCCCACACACAACGAUAAGCUGUCCCGUGCAACUUACUCAGACAUUUAAAGAAUAAAAUGUCAUGGCAUUUCGUGCCGGCCACUGCUUUAUUGGCAACGGUCCUGUCAUUGCAGCUAUUAAUAAAAAUUAAAGUAAUUCACAACAGGUGUAUUUUAUUGUUGCAAACGAUGCCUAAAUUGUACUUCAAUUUUGGAUUUGCGGAAUUUAAUACCUCGAUAGGUACAAAUUUCAGUUCAAGUAAAUGGUAAAAGUAAAGUCUCCCA